AUGUCGCACCAGGACAUCUACUCGUCCAGCGUCGUGUCUCCCCCGUACGACGACCCCGAUCGAAUUACAGACGAAAAGGCGGACAACAGCAGCUCCAUCGAGAAGGGCGGCGUACGGGAAUACGUCGUUCAGACUGACCCAAAGAAUCAUUUUGAUGCCGCCGACCUCGACCGGGUUCAGCGGAGACUCAAACAACGCCAUGUGCAGAUGAUUGCUAUCGCGGGUACAUUGGGUACUGGUCUCUUCUUGGGUUCCGGCCAUGCUCUCCAGGGCGCUGGACCCGCUGGCGCUCUUAUCGCGUACGCCCUGGUCGGUAGUGUAACCUAUGCUACCCUCUGCAGUCUGGGCGAGAUGACCUCGUUCGCGCCUAUCUCGGGUUCCUUCCCACAUUAUGCGGCUAGAUGGGCUGAUCCCGCCCUCGGCUUUGCGCUUGGCUGGAACUAUUUCUAUACCACUGCUAUUUCUACUCCGGUUGAGAUCACGGCCGCUGGAAUCCUCGUGACGUUCUGGGACGGGAAUAUCAAACAUCAAUCUGGCUACCUCGCUGCAAUCACCGUCUGUGUAUGUGCCAUCAACAUUUUCGGCGUUCGUUGGUUCGGCGAGGCUGAAUUCAUGUUCUCCAUAAUCAAACUGUUCUUGAUCACACUACUGAUCAUUGUUGGACUGGUUAUUGAUCUGGGAGGAGGCCCCAACCAUGACCGUAUCGGUUUCAGGUACUGGGAUAACCCUGGUGCAUUUGCAGGCUCUGGUCUUGAGCCCAAGCAUCCCAGUCUUGAUAAAUUCUUGGGUAUGCUUUCUGUCAUCGUCCAGGCUGCAUUCUCGUUCCAGGGUAUGGAGAUCGUUGCGAUUUCCGCAGCGGAAACUGAGAAUCCUCGUCGUAAUAUCGCGAAAGCGAUCCUCGGUAUCGUCAUCACUGGCAUGCUCGUCCCUUACAAUGAUCCAUCGCUCCUUUCCACCACGGGUACCGCGGCCGAAUCGCCUUAUGUCAUUGCUAUCGAGCGCGCAGGCAUCAAGGUGCUUCCUAGCUUUGUCAACGCAUGUGUCUUCACCAGCGCAUUCUCCGCCGGCAAUUCCUUCUUGUUCGCUGCAUCGCGUAUCCUAUACGGUCUCGCGGUUCGUGGACAAGCACCGCGCUUCCUCGCGUAUUGCACGAAGAGUGGCUUGCCGCUCGCAGCAGUCCUUACUUCGAGUAUUUUUGCUUUCUUGUCGUUCAUGAGCGUGUCAUCAGGCGCGGAUACCGUGUUCAACUGGCUCGUCAAUUUGUCUACGACUGGUGGCUUCUUCAGUUGGGGUGCCAUGAACGUAACCUACGUUCAAUUCUACAAGGGUUUGCGUGCGCAGGGUUAUGACCGCCGAACGUUCUCAUAUUACAACCGUCUCCAGCCAUACCUCGCGUACUGGGCUAUUUUCUGGCUCGCUAUUUUCAUCCUCAUUACUGGAUUCGAGGUAUUCUGGGCCUUUAACGCAUCAGAUUUCUUUACCGAUUAUAUCAAUGUGCCGAUCUUCCUGGGGCUGUACGUCUUCUGGAAGAUCUUCAAGCGGACAAAAGCGUGGAAACCGGAGGAAAUGGAUUUCGUAACUGCUAUUCCUUCUGUCAAAGAGACUGAAACUCCAGAAGUUCCGCCAACGACGAUCAUGCAGAAGAUCGCCGCUGUCCUUUUCUGA